GCUUGCAUGUUAAGAGGGUGGCAAUGCUGGGUGGUUGGUUAGUCGUCAAAGCAUAGUAUAGUAGGCUGGGCUUGGAGACGCUUGGCUUGGCAUUGUGCUCGCCCUCUCCCCCCCCCCCUUCUCUCUCUCUCUCUCUCUCUUUCUCUCGCUAUCCUCAAUAAGAUAAGCCACUCUCCUACAGACGCGAAACCUUCAGUCGGUCGCCGCCUUCCUUGCCAUCCCGUUGGCGCACUCCUCUCCCUUCUGUAGCCUUUUGCCUUCACCUGGCGACGCCAGCUGCCCGCUUGUCUCUCUCUCUCCCCUCUCUUUUCUCUUUAUUCUAGAACCCCUCCUCCCCUCUUGGUCCGUCCCUCUCUUUAUUAUACUGGCCAUCUCAAUCCUCCCUUUCUUCCCUCACCGCCUCACCCGACGACUACCCAACCACCUCCUUUACUCCUCCUGCCUUUUCCUCUAUGUGCUGGUCAGCCCUUUUUAGUUGAGCGACUCAAGGCAAACGACUUCAGUCACUGCCAAGGCUUCGUCUCGAGAGGACUGUCGUCGAGACGAUCCGACUCUCUGACACUCUGAAAAUAUUUCGACUUUAAACGAAAAAAAAAAAAAAAAAAUAUUUAUUUUUGUGUUCCAUCGGACUCUGACGAAUUUUCGACCAUUCCGCAUUUGACAUUUAAUCGAAUUCGUUUGAAAUUUUUGAAGACUUUGAAAAACGUUCAUUCCUUGGAAGGGAAGAAUUCAAGUUGCGCGCGCACCGAUUUUGAUUUGAAAAUCUGGUGAAGUGAAUUCGAUUUGCGUGGUCAGCAACAAGACACCAACUGGAAAUUCAACUGGACGGACAACACAUCUGUUUUGACAAGCGGACCGAAGGAUCCGUAAAACCGUGAGUUGCAUUUAAGACACAAAAAAAAGAGAUCAAUUCCAUUUUUGAUGGCGCUGUUGGAGCAUCCCUCCUCGCAAGGAGGCUAUUCGCUCUCAUUCCUGGCCAAAGCGGCCAACAACAAUCCAUCGUCGGCCAUGGUGGGCGACCUGUUAGAUCAGCAGCGCAGCAGCUCUGAACUGUCACAUGUGGUCGGACACGACGGCAUUCAAGUGACGGGCAAGCUGGCCCUCAGCCACUCCUCUUCCUCCUCCACGUCCGGUGGCAGCAGCGCACAGGCGGCCGUCGCCACCUCUGUCAUCCGGCGCAGUCCCGACAGCCCCGACAGCAGCAACGAGGACUCGGCCUGGUUCCUCCGCCAAGUUCUCCAACAGCAACAACAACAGCAGCAACAACACCAUCAGACUGGCGAACAUCAAGGAUCGGCUACGCCCUUAACUCCGGCCACGUCUCCGGCCCGUGGCAUUCGCCGACCUCGACACGAUUCCAUCGCAUCCGACGUCGAAGCUUCGGCAGCCGAUCGAGUGGAACUCGACGACGAAGACGAGGAGAUUGAUGAACUAAAAAAAGAAUCCAUCAACCACUCUGAAGACGAAGAGGAAGAAGAAAAGAGCAAGCGGGCCCGCGUCGAGUCGAUUGUUUCGGCGAUGCGCACGUCCACACCGGCCGCUAUAAACGGCUGUAAGAAGCGCAAACUGUACCAGCCCCAGCAGCACGGACACAAGUUUACAUCCGAGGGCGAAGAGGAGGACGACGAGACGGACGAGCGCAACGAUUCCCUGUCGGAGGAACAGCACGAAUUGAGCAUGGCCCGCGCACAGGCCUCUUCUCGCUCCAGUUCGGCUCAGCAGCAGCAACAGCGCGAUGUGAUGCAGAUGCAACAACCGCAACCACACGAUCCUAUUCGAUCUCUUCAGGAGCGCAUCGCUUCCCUACACCAGCAGCGUUUCGCCGCCCUCCAACAGCAACAGCAAAGGUCGGAGAAAAUGAACAACGAGCCUGUCCAGCAGCAGCAGCCGCAAAUCAGACGGCCCGUGCGGGACGAUGCCGGUCGCACUCGCAACGCGCUUCAACAUCAUCAGCCAAUGACAUUCGGUAUGCGUUCCAAUUUGCCCAGUAGCGAUUUGAGUCACGUUAGCCAGGCUCAUGCGGCCUACCUGGACGCUACUCGUCGCAUGUUGAUGGAACAACAGCGCCAACAAGCGCCUAGCAAGAGCCAACACGCCCAACAGCCACAACAAUUGCCCGUUAGCAACGUCCAGCAACCAGCCCAGCCGUUGAACGCGAAAGAGCCAGUGUCAUCCAACAGCGAACUGGAAGGUUUAGCCGAGAUGUUGAAAUCGGAAUUGGCUUCAUCUUUGGCCCAGCUGGUGGACAGCACCCUGUCUCGCUUCGCCGCAGCACAGCAGCAGCAGCGUCGCCACGUCAUUGUAAACAACCAAAAAUCAUCGGCCAAUUCGACAUCCGCCGAUGAAUCGGAAUUGAGCAAAUUGCAGCGAGGCCGCGUCAUCGACCGCGGACUGCGCAACGGAGACUUGGCCGCUCUCGGCCUGACGUCGCCGUUCCUGCGGACGCCCUACGGUCCGCUUCCGCACCAUCUCUUCCCUCAGCAGCAGUCUCCCAAUGCGGCUCUUAACCACAUUGUCAACUCGAUCGGCGCUGGAAUUCAUCCGGCAGCCGCCGCCGCAGCCGCCGCCGCCGGUUUGGCCAACAUCGGCCAGUUCGCUCAGCAGCAACAACAGCAACAACAACAGGAAGAACAAGACGCCAUCGACGCCGAUGCGGCCGAACAGAAUGAAGCCCUCAGUCUGGUCGUGUCGCCCAAAAAGCGUCGCUUUACCACCGCCACUUCGACCAAUAACAACAACAAAACGGCCUCGUCGGAGAGGAACUCGAGCCCCACGCCUGGAAACCAUCAGAACGUUGAGACCCGUCUGUCGCCGUUAGAAAUUUCUUUGAUUAAUCACAGUUCGAGCGCUCAUUCUCCCCCGCCAUCGCGCAGCCCGACGCCACCUAGCCAACAACAGCAGCGCUACCCUGUUCCAGCAGCUCAACAGACGUCGGCCGCUGCCGGUGGCCCACCGCCUUUGCUCCAUCAUCCAAGUCUCUUUUCCAAUUAUUCGGCCUAUUUCGCCGCUGCGGCUGCCGCCGCCGCCGCCGGAGCCCAACAGGCUCAGGCCGCCCAAGCUGCCGCUGGAUCAUCGUCUCAGCGGAGCUGCAAGAGCCCCGAAUUGGACCUGACGUCUGCCUCGACAUCGGCAUCGCUCCUGCAUCCGGCUCUUUUGGCCAGCCACCACCACCACCACCACCAGCGCAGCCACCACCACAGCAGCCACCACGACAACACGGACCGUCAUUCCGAGUCGUCGGACGGAGCCAGCCCUUACGGCAGCGUCCACCAAUCGUCGACGCUGACGCCGAUGCAUCUUCGUAAGGCCAAGUUGAUGUUCUUCUGGUGCCGCUACCCCAGCUCGUCCGUCCUCAAGACUUUCUUCCCCGACGUCAACUUUAACAAGAACAAUACGGCCCAGCUCGUCAAGUGGUUCUCCAACUUCCGGGAAUUCUAUUACAUCCAAAUGGAGAAGUACAGCCGCCAAUUAUUGAGCGAGGGGGUGGUCAAUGCCGAUGACAUCCACGUCUCGCCCGACUCGGAGCUCUUCCGCGCCCUCAACCUCCAUUACAAUCGCAACAAUCACAUCGAGGUUCCAUCGCCUUUUGUUUUCGUCGUGUCGGAGACGUUGCGCGAGUUCUUCAAGGCAAUCCAAGCGGGCAAGGACGCCGAACCCAGCUGGAAGAAAGCCAUUUACAAGAUUAUCGCCCGUCUCGACGAGCAGGUCCCAGAGUACUUCCGGACGCCCAACUUUCUCGAACACUUGGAGUAAAACUUAUUGAAAGUCUGCCUAUCUUUUGCGUGAAUAAGAUAUCAGACAUCGGACUUAUAGUGUGCUACUACCUAGAGUACUACUACUAGCCUACACCAACUACUACAUAUAUUAUAGCUGGCCUCUGUACAAAGUAUAGCGAACACAACAAACAACAAGUAAGACGGCCCUUUUCGUUCGUUUUUUUUUUUCGCUUUGAUUGCCGACAACCCAAACAAAGAAAAGCCUUUUAACAAGCGUAUAGACGUGUUGUUUCCGAGGCUCUAUUCCCACACCAAAACUUUGGCUAAUCUCUACCUUUCCCCCUAAAAAAAAGAAUCCCAAAUCUUCUCGUUAAUUAAUGGCCGAUCGACGGAUAGAUUUGAUUUCAUUAAAAGAAGCAAAAAAAAUUUUUUAAAAAGAAUCCCCAAUCCUGUGCCUUGGCCGGCUGCCUUUUGCAAGCCAUAUAUAUAAUUUCUUUUAGCUUUCCCCCCCCCCCCCCCCCGUUCCUUCUUUUUAUUCUUCUGCUUAACGGAGUCAUAUCAGCGUCAUUCCUUAUUAAUCCUUUCUUCGAAAAUGAAGAAACAAAAAUAAAAAAAACAAAAAACGAAACAAAUUCGUAGAAGAGAAAGAACAUGCCGUGUGUCAAAAUCCUCUUCAAUAUUUGAUAAUAAAGAAAAAGGUGGGAGAGAAAGAGAGAGGACGAAACAAAUGUGACAGUUCUCUAUGUGUCUAUAGUUUCGCUCCCGUUAUUUUUGCAGGUGCCCAGACGCCUCUAAAAAAGAUGAAAAAAAAAGAAACAUGUAGCACUAGAGAAGUUGAUAAAAGAAAAAAAAGCAUUCCAUUAUUUAUGCAAUGAUUUAUAGAAUUCUUUGGGCGCAUGUGGUACACAGAUGUUCUUUGCCACUGUGUGUCUUCCUAGAAAUCUUUGUUGUCCCCAAGAAAACUGCCCGAAUUUUGUAUUCAUAUUUCACACGAACGUACUCCAAUUCUAUAUCGCCCUCACCAAACCCAAUCUGAUGAUGAUGUUGCCUUUUUCGACGAUAUAACGUGUUUCUAUUCCGUACAUUGUUUAAGUUUCCAAUUCUUAGUAGUAAUCACCUUGUAUUUGUACGUAUGUGUGCGUGUGUCCUUUUUUUUCUUCUAUCGUACAUUUUUUGAAAAACAUUUUCUCAUAACACCUCACACUCUGUCUCUGAGUCAUCCCUAGUCACUAUCUAAAAUAUCCCACCCACACUUUUAUAGUUGCCUAACUCCCACCCAAACUACUAUUACCCAAAGUAUCGCACUCGACUUAGAAUACGUCGACAGUUGCAAAAUAGCCCAAUUGGGUCCGUCACGGAAAAAAAGAAAUGAAAGAAAACGAAAGAGAAACGAUAUCUUGAUUCGAAUCGCACUUCUUUUUUAAAAAAUAUGGUUUCCGUUUUAAAUGUCUGUAGGAGGAAAAAUUGCUGCACUUGGCUUGUUAUCUUUCCCGCCCUAGAACAUCCUUGGAAUCUUCCAUUCCACAACAUUGAAAAAGCACUUUUGUUUUCCUUCAGACCACCCCGAUUUUUUUAAAGAUUUUUUUUCAACAACUAAAUUUACAUGUUUCUUAUAGCACUGUGCACAAUUUUGUCGUCCCUCUUAUUACCGAUGGUAUUUCUUUUUUCUCUCUCACUCUCAUUCUCCCAAAUAUUUCCUGAAUAACAAAUACACCUUAUUAUAUAACUGG